ACAUUUUUCAAAUCUUGUUCGUUAAGCUCAGGAGCUGAGCUGACAGCUGAGACGAUCGCCGUUUCAGCUCGAUAUAUCGCUAGACCUCUCCUAGCAGCGCUUCUUCCUCCAAGAACAAGAACCGAGCUAGACCGAUUGCUGAUAUGCCAGCCAUGGUUGUGGAGGCAGCGGCGGCGGCGACGACGACAGGCGGGCGGUACGCGCUGCUGAUGGCGGCGCACGACUCGGAGUACGUGCUGAAGAAGUACGGCGGGUACCUCCACGUCUUCGUGGCGGCGUUCGGCGACGCCGGCGAGACGUGGGACCUGUACCGUGCAAUCGACGGCGAGCUCCCGGCGCCCGACGAGGUGCAGUGCUACGACGGGUUCGUGAUCAGCGGCAGCCCGCACGACGCGUACGCCGACGACCUGUGGAUCCUGCGGCUGUGCCGCCUGGUGCGGGCGCUGCACGGCAUGCGCAAGCGCGUCCUCGGCGUCUGCUUCGGCCACCAGGUGAUCUGCCGCGCGCUCGGGGGUCGCGUCGGCAAGGCCCGCGCCGGGUGGGACGUCGGCGUCAGGGAGGUGGCCAUCGCGGAGGCGCCGGCGCCGGCGCUGCCGCCGCGCAGGUUCCUCGACGCGCUGCGGGAGUGUGACCAGCUGCCGCCCCGCGCCAAGAUCACCGAGGUGCAUCAGGACGAGGUGUGGGAGGUGCCGGAGGGCGCGGAGGUGCUGGCCUCCUCGGACAAGACCGGCGUCGAGAUGUUCUGCGUCGGCGAACACAUGCUGGGCAUCCAGGGGCACCCGGAGUACACCAAGGACAUCCUCCUCAGCCUCGUCGACCGCCUCCUCGCCGCCGGAUCCAUCACCAUUCCCUUUGCUGAGGCCGUGAAGUGGCAGGUGGAGACCACUGCGCCGGACCGGGAGUUCUGGUUGAAGCUCUGCAAGAGCUUCCUCAAGGCUCGUGAACCAUAGAGUAUUAGAGUUUGCACACUAUGGUGUGACCUACGAAUAAAAUGGUUGUAAAUCUUCUUUUUGAACAAAUAAAUAUCUUUCGGCUCAAAUA